GCUGCCGGGCACGGCAGUGGGAGCCCAACGCAGCCGGGAGCCGCCCGCCCGCCCGGUCGUUCGUUCCUUCUUCGUUCGUUCUCCCGCCGCCAGCUCGGUCUGUCCCCGGGGGAGCCGCCGCGGAGAACCGUGCUUGCGGCCGCCGGCAAGAGAUUAAUGGUAAGGAAGAGUGGAUAGAGAGGGAACGCAGAUGAGUCCGGCACCCAGCAGCAAAGGUUGACCAGCCUGGAUCGCGGCGCUAGGGACCUGAAGCAAGGAUCCUGACUGAUGCGUGUUUAGUACGACCUGACUUCUUGAGGAGAACAAGUAUUUCUCUGAAGGCCAGUCCUCUCAAAGCAGCACGCAGGACAAGCUUGACUGGAAGGAGAUAUAUGGGACACACAGACAAUUAAAGACUAGAAUAGACACCGUGCUUCAAGUCCCAAGAUUUGAGAAGGAAGAAUUGGAUCAAGGAGCCUGAAGAUCAUGGAGGGAGACUGUCUGAGCUGCAUGAAGUACCUGAUGUUUCUUUUCAAUUUCUUUAUAUUCCUGGGAGGAGCGUGCCUGCUGGGAGUCGGGAUCUGGGUCAUUGUGGAUCCCACAGGUUUUCGAGAGAUAGUGGCUGCCAACCCUCUGCUCUUCACGGGAGCGUACAUCAUGCUGGCUAUGGGAGCAAUGCUCUUUCUGCUGGGUUUCCUCGGCUGCUGCGGUGCCAUCCGUGAGAACAAAUGCCUGCUGCUUUUUGUAAGUUUCUUCAUGUUUAUUUUGUUAAUCUUCCUGGCGGAGCUUUCAGCUGCAAUCCUGGCUUUUAUCUUCAGAGAAAAUCUGACCAGAGAGUUUUUCACCAAGGAGCUGAAGAAGCAUUACCUGAGGAACAACGACACGGACGUCUUCUCUUCCACCUGGAACUCCGUUAUGAUCACAUUUGCCUGCUGUGGAGUGAACGGACCAGAAGAUUUUGAAGCUGUCCCUCAUCUUCCAUACUCCUCUUUGGAAAAGGCGACACCAGAGGCUUGUUGCCAGCGAGAACUCCAGAGCCGGGAAGGGAUGUUUGUCAACAGGGAAGCCUGCCUCACAGGUGUCGAGAGGUUCCAGAACCGACAGGGCUGCUACACUGUGAUCCUGAACUCCUUUGAGACCUACGUGUACCUCGCAGGAGCCCUUGCCAUUGGAGUGUUGGCCAUCGAGCUGUUUGCCAUGAUCUUUGCUAUGUGUCUCUUUCGAGGGAUCCAGUAAGAGGUGGCCCAUGAAUCACCACGUUCCCCACGUGCUCAGAAGAAAGAAGGAAAAAUCAGAAGAAACAAAACCUGAAAACACCCAAAAAACUUUAUUUUUUUUAACAAAAUGGGGUAGGGGGGAAAAAAAAAAAGAAAAAAAAGAGGGUUGUAAUAUAUGAAUGACCAAAAGGAUUGUACUUCAGGGGCUGGAACUUUGAGGUGAUGUGCACUACACUGUACACCAGACCCUUGCCCAGAGCCACCCGCAGCAGCCGUGGAGCAGGAGCCCAGCGCAGCCGAUUGCACUAGAGACUGAUGGAGCCGGUGGCGGGGAGCGGGAGGACAAGUAGAGCUGCCUCUCCCGCAAGGCCGUGCCUGCCGUUCGCGACUUUAUCGUGCUUUAGACAGCAAAGGACUAAAGAACAGACACGCGGGGGCUGGAUAAGGCAACAGGUUGCCCGAAGUCUGUGACUGUCCAGGUGGGUUUGAAACAAGCGGCGGUGGCUCAUCUAAGAAGUAGGUAGUCAUCGUUUGCACGGUUCUGGCUUUAAUUCCCAGCCACGAAAUGAAAACACACGUUCUUCGGUGGAAGCUUUGCCCCUGUCACCUGAAAUUUGUCAAACACUUCAGUGAGGCUGGCUUUUCUCUGGAGCCCCAAGCAGGGGCAACGUGGUCUCACUUAGCGAUGGGACUCAGCUAAGGCUGGCUGAUGGUCAAGAGUUUGGUGCCUACCUUUCUGUCUUUACUAAGAUUUACUGUUCAUUGUUGUGAAAAAAAACCCAAAUGGUUCCCUGCUGUGUUCCCAUCUCCUGGGAAAAAUAAUGGCUCUGGUCAAGAAUCAUUGAUACUGCUACCUUCCUGAGAAGGGGAGGAAAGAGUCUUUAAAUCUUGUCAGACUUUGCCUUUCCCUUCAUACUUGCAAAAAUGGUUUGUGGUGCCGUUAGCAUAAAUAUUUGCAGUGGUUCUUACAUGCUUUCCAGCCCUAAGGGGAGGUCCAGGCAUGGUGCUGGAUGGAGGAAGCUGAGGUUUGUCGGCCGCUCCCAUGCUGUUUGCCUGAAACAGUCUUGUGGCGUCAUUUCUGCUCAGAGGAUUUCCCCCGAGAUUCUCCCCACGGGCUCAUGACGAAAGCAUCAAGUCAGAAUUGUUUUAGUCUGCCUGUUCGUUGCGAGUGUUUCCUCCCUCGAGAUAGUUUGCCAUUUCACUAACGUGUCAUCUACUUAACCAUUUGGAAGUGAACUUGAGAAAGAUGCCUGGGGCUGGACCUUGGUCAGAGAUUAAGAUGGAACUGCUGAGGCCCCAGGCAGGCUCUAAGAGCACCCAGCGUGCAGCCAAACUGGUCCAGCCGCUGCUCCCAGUGGUCGUCGUUAUCAACCUGGACAGGUCACUGGUUUCUCUCCUCUGGAAGCAUUAACCCCUGUUGCCUUAAUUGUUCAUCUGGUCACACCCUCACCCCAAACCCAUUUGACUUGGGGGAGGACAGAAGGGGCUGUGGUUUCUUGUUUAGCUUAGGUCUUUUUACGGAUUUUAUAGGCUCAGAUUACGGAGCACUUUUCUAUAACCAGCCCCUCUGAAAGCUGUAACCACUGGCAAGGAAGGGGAGAGGGCAGAAGGCAGCAGUGAGGAGCCGGACAGUAACCUCGUGCCCGUGCCCUGGCUUUGCAGCAGCAGGUACUACGUUGUCUGGCUGUUCCCUUACACCACUGUGUCCCUUGAGCUCUCCCGGUGGCACUUGCGCAGGCUGCGGGGAAGGAAGGAAAGCAGCAGAAAGCCUGGUCCGUAAUAGACAAAGAACCUGGCUAAAUAUCCAGGUUGGGGGAAUGGGGAUGCUACGGAAUAGGAAGGAGGCAUUAGAGCUUUUUCAAGCUUCAUUUGAGACCAGCAAUUCGCUCAUCAGCAGGAGAGGGCCAGGGCAGGUAGAGCUGCAGCCCCCCCGUGCCGCAGUCAGCAUACUCCAGCAACAAAAUAGGCGGCCGGGGCUGCCGUGUGGCCUCAGAUGUUGGGUUAAACCUUGUGGAAAGCUUUUCUGAACUAUUUCCCUCUGGACCUUCUUUUAAUGAGGCAUUUUAGCAUUAAAUUCUGGUCUGUUGUUUAAUGAAGGAAAAUAGUUUUGCUAGCCAAAAACCAGCAGUGUUUGUACCCAGCAGCAGGUGCUGUGCUUAAGAUAGGAAAAAAAUCUGUUGCAUCUACUACUUGCAGGGAAUGGGCUGAGCAGAAACCGAGCUUAUCUGUUCUGCUUCUGCCUCAGGAGCUGGUGUCAGUGACUGGUCUGGGAGAGCAAUUCUCAGGGGAGGAACAAAACCAUCAGCAGAGAUGGUAAUUUGGCUGGAGGUGAGUGAGAGAAGCAGAACUGCCCUCCCCCAGUCUCCCAGUUUUUUUCCUUUUCCCUCAGUUUAUUAUGCAAAGGCCUGGCUGUCUCACGUCAGAGCCUGGAAGGCGACUACCCUGAUUUGUGCAUGGUGGGUGGCUGAAGGUGGGGAAAAAAAAAAAAAAAAAAGCCUUAAAGCCUUUUUCUGCCACCAGUGGCAUGGGGGAAAAAAACCUGUCAGAGCUGGGGGAACCAGACCGAAGCAGCCAGAGUGCGAAGUGAUAAGUAGACACACCUGAAGUAGGAUUGCUGCUGGGUCGUUUCUCUUUGCUUUUCCUAAUUCUGUACUCAUCGCUUUGUCUGUUUUUAGCUUUCUCACUUUCUCUCUCCCUAACCGUAGUCCCUGUAUCUUUUAAAAAAAAAAGGAUCUCUUAUUCAUCUGUUACUCUGGCCUUUGCACAGCUGUUUUUCCUCUCUUACCUUCACUGAUCCCCUGUUGCUCUUUUCUGGAUGAAGACUUCAAAUCCUCUCUGCAGCUGGCUAGCGUGCCACUGGGAACACAGCUUGAAACCCCAGCAAAGGCCAGGCAGCAUGUUUUAAAUAAGAACUGGAGAUAGCUGUAAAGAGACGUGCAAAUCUGAGAGGACCUGUGGAAGUCGGUAACAGGCAGAAUGAAUUUCCCCUGGGGGAAUUUAAAUGAACAAGCAAGCCCAGAAAGCAGACUCCUGCUGUAUGGCAAAGCAUGUAAAUUUGUUGGUUUUGUCCCUUGGUUACGUGGCUGCCCCCUCUGUUGUACAGUAGUUUUCAGAACAGUAGGCAGGAGAAGCGACUGUAUUUUUAUAUUUGUUUUUUAACAGCUCUGCUGAAUAUUUUGGGGUCGGGGGCUCAAGUUAGAUUCACUGCUUGCUGGAGAGCUCUGGGCAGGCUGGGGACCAGAGGGAGCUGUAGCACUGGGAGCGUGGCCCAGGCACCUUGGUGGGAAAUAGGAGAGAGGAGCCUGUGCCCGUAAGCCCACAGCCCCUCUCGGCACCCCUGCCUCCUGGCUGUUAUUUAAUGCUCAACUGACUGUCACGAAUGCCUGGGAAAAGGGCUGCGUGUGAAAUAAUGUUUGAAAUCUAUUUUAAAAAAAAAACUGUAAAUGUUCUUUUUAUUAGAUAGUGGAGCUAAUUUAUCCUGUAUUCCCUACUGUAAUGCUUUUUUAUAUUGAAAGGAAUUUUUUUUUUUUUUUGGUAAUAUAAACCAGAACACAAGCCUGAAGCACUCUCUGCACGGUUUUUGUGUGCGUUUCUUAAAAAAAAAUAAAAAAUAAAAGAAAGAUAUUGUGACAGUGAA